AUGGCACCCUUUCCCUUCAAGAGCCUCCCCCGUAACGUGCGCGACGAUGUCUACGAUCUCGUCCUAGAAGCCUUCGUCGGCACCAUCUACGCCGCAGACCCCGUCGACCUCGAAAUGGGCAUCGAGGCCCCCCUGCCGUGCCCGCCUCUCCUACUCGUCGACAAGCAAAUCAACGAGGAAGCCACGGCCACCAUUGCCCGCCACACAUUGCCCACAAUCAAGGGCGAUAUCGGCGAGUUCGGCCUCCAGGCCACGGAGGUCAAUGCUAUCAAGAAAAUGCGGCUCCUCAAAUUCGACAUCGGUUACGCCCACUGCGUGUCCACCAGCGUGCGGUUGCUUGAGAAGGCGUUGCGGAUGUUCCUGGAGACGCCAGCACAUCCACGGUGGAAUGGGAAGCGGCAGGGCGGGAGGAUCAACCUAUGCCCGUUCAAGGACAAGUUCACGGGAACGAAGACAAUGCGAGAACUGUUGGCCAGAUUGGCCACGCUGUUGAAGGAGGUUCUUGCGCACAAGGAGAUGGCGUGGGAGGUGGCAUUACCUAAGUCCUGGAAUGAGGAGUUCUCGACGUUGGCGCUCGCUACGAAGUAUCAUUGGUACUUUGCGGAUGAUGACGACGCGGACGACAUGGAUGAGUGGUUACAGGCUGGUGGUGGAUCCCGUACCGAGGUUCUUGACGAGCAGGAAGACGAAGGCCCCGAUGUGAGAGAGGACGCGGAGAUGCAGGAUGUUGGUGACGAGUCCGACGCAGAGUCCGAGCUGUCCGAUAUGGAUGAGGACGACAUGGAGUUGGAAGAGGAUCUCAACAUCGCAUAG